AUGCCACUUAAAAUCCGUAAACGGCUCACUAUUUCUGCUAGGUCACCGGUUGACAGAUCUUCUUCUUCUUCAUCACUUGACAAGAACGAAGAGAAAUCAUUUAAUGAAUUCAAUGGAAAUAGUCAGUUGAAAGCAAACGUUAAUAGCGGAAACCUUUUAUUUUAUGGAAAUGGGUCAUUUCCGUCAUCACCAAUGUCUUGGGGGACAGGUUUAAGUUGGUCACAAAUUCGAGCACCAAGGUCGAAUUAUGACUCAGAAGAUCAAGCAUCUGUAGUUCACAACGAAAUACAACCAACUAAAGAUCAUGCAAAUAGUUCUUUGACGGUACAUGAGAAUAAUCAAACAGGAAUAUCAAAUGGUAUUUCUGGUAUAGCUGUACGAUCCUUAGUUAAGACAUCUGGAUCUUUAAGUCGAUCACCAUCUUUACGAUCGCCGUCUUUGACACCGCCUCCAUCGCUAAGUUCUAAUACAGAAAAACUUAAUACGGUGGCGAAAAGCGCAUCAAAAAUAGCUAGACAAAAAUCAAGCAGUAGUUUAGGAACCAGCGUAGAUGGAAAUUUGAAGACUAAUGGAAUUAAACAAGUACGACUACAAGUAAAACCAACAACAUCACUCAUUAGAACACCGUCUCGUACAUCAUCCUCAAAAGUAAAUGAUAAUAAUUUAGAAGAUACUGAACUGGACACAAAGAAUGAACCUCGACAGGUUUGUAUUCGAAUUUGA